AUGAGUAAAAUAGACAAUUCUGAUUACGUUACAACUAAGUCAAUACCGUCAAAUGAUAAAGUUUCAGAUUUAGAAGAAUUUUCAUCAUCAUUUAAAAAUGGAGUAAAAGAUAGUGAUUCCUCUAGUGUUGGAACUAAUCAAAUGAAGAAAAAUUUUUCAAAUGUUGCAUUAGCAAUGAUUGGAUUUUCUUUAACUAAUAGUUGGUUAGGUAUAUCUUCAAGUUUAGUUACUGGUAUUCAAUCUGGUGGUCCAGUUUUAAUUGUUUAUGGUAUUAUAAUAGUUGCUUCAAUUUCAUUAUGUAUUGGUUCAACUUUAGGAGAAAUGGCUUCAUUAGCUCCAUCAGCUGGUGGUCAAUAUACUUGGGCGAGAAUUCUUGCUCCAAAAAGAUAUGCUAAUUUUUGGGCUUAUAUAACUGGAAGUAUAAGUUGGGGUGGUUCAAUUUUUACUACAGCAUCAAUGUGUUUAGCUGUUUCAUUACAAUUAUUAGGAUUUUGGAAUCUUUCUCAUCCAAAUCAUGUUACUCAAAAAUGGGAAAUAUUUAUUAUUUAUAAUAUUAUGAAUUGGUUUUUAUUUUUAUUUAAUAUUUAUCAUAAAUUUUUACCAUUAGUUGGUAAUAGUAUUUUUACAAUAAGUAUUUCUUCAUAUUGUAUAAUUUUAAUUACUGUAUUAGUUUGUUCAAGAGGUAAUUAUCAAGAUGCUCACUUUGUAUUUGUUGAAUUUACAAAUGGUACAGGUUGGCCAUCAAAGGGAAUUGCAUUUAUAGUUGGUUUAAUUAAUCCUGCUUGGUCAUUUUCAUGUCUUGAUAGUGUUACUCAUUUAAGUGAAGAAACAGCACAACCAGAAAGAGAUAUUCCAAAAGCUGUUAUGUCAACUGUUGUUAUAGGAUUUGUAACUGCAUUUACAUAUUCAAUUGCUAUGUUUUAUUGUAUUACAGAUUUAGAUUUAGUUAUUAAUUCAACUACAGGUAUGCCAAUUUUAGAUAUUUAUUAUCAAGCAUUAAAUAAUAAAGUUGGUGCUAUAUGUUUAGGAUCAUUAGUAUUUUUAACUGCUUCUGGAUGUACAAUUGCUAGUCAAACAUGGCAAGCAAGAUUAUGUUGGUCUUUUGCAAGAGAUAAUGGUUUACCAAUGUCAAAAUAUUUAUCUAUAAUUGAUCCAAAAACUGGAAGUCCUUUAUAUGCUCAUAUUUUUUCAACUGUAAUUGUUUCAGUUGUAUCAGUAUUAGUAUUUUCAGAUGCUGCAUUUCAAGCUACUGCAUUAGCUUGUGUUUCAUUUUUAUUAAUUGCUUAUUCAAUUCCAACUAUAUUCUUGUUGAUGAGAAAACGUCAAGUUAGACCAGGUCCUUUUUGGUUAGGUAAAUUUGGUUAUUUUUGUAAUAUUGUUUUAUUAUGUUGGACUGUUUUUGCAUUAGUGUUUUUUUCUUUUCCAGCUUAUUAUCCUGUAACUGCUGAAGGUAUGAAUUAUUUUUGUGUUGUUUUAUUUGUUUAUGUUAUUUGUAUGUUAGUUUAUUGGUGGUUUCCAAUAAAGAAAUAUGCUUGUAAAUAUAAUUUUAGAGGAGGUGAACAAUUUCAAGAAGAAACUGAAUUUCCAAAUGUUUGUAUAAAUGAGUGGUAA